GUAGAAAAAUUUCUACUGUAAUUCUAUUUUCGUUUAAGAGGGCAUGUAAUCUGCUUAUGUCUCGAAAGUCGAGUGAGGCUUCUGUAAUUUAAUUACGUAUAACAGUAUCAACAAACGUUCGAUAGCUAUGACGAAUUCAUUUAGUUUGUUCUGAACCAUUGGAACUACCACUACUUUUAAAAACCUAUCUUCUUCUUUCGAGUAUCAUUCUACCACAAUUUUCUUAUAACUUUCAGGUUUUUUUAAGUUCUUUAGUAAUUUGCACUUAAGAUCUGCGCGCUAAGUCUUAAAAAAAAAAAAAAAGCCAAGAAAGAAAUCUAUAUCCAAGAGACAUUUACGUACACAUGGAAGAUUCGAGUGAGAAACAAGAAGAGAAAGUGGAAAUGGAAGAUAAUUGUACCUUGGAAUCACGGAACGAGAAUGGACUAUCCGUAGAAAAGAGCGUGAUCGAUACAGAGUCUUCGAAUCGAAUUAACGAGCAACCAGAGAUUGAUGAAAAUGAAAAAAAUACUGAAUGUCAGAAUACAGAAUGUCCGCAGAUCAUUGACGAAAAUUUAAACUCGUCCAAAUCGAAGGAGACUGGGAUGAAAGCAAAGCGUAAAAUAAGAUCGACGCGUAGAAAAUUGAACGCUAUGAUUAAUAACUCGUCGUUACAUUUCUCUGACACCGAUUCAGAGGGAGAGUUAACCACGAUUAAUUCGCAAAUCAAACCUUUGAAUAACACGGAACAAAAACCGAUUAUUUCCGUGACAUCUGACAUCAUAGAAAGUGAAAGCUCGAAUUAUUUAUCACUGGAUGAUAAAGAUUUCGUUAAGCGUAAUAAUUUCAUUGAGAAUAUGACAGACGUGGACGAAAUUUAUCCAAGCGAGAACGAAGAGAAAGAGAAUCAAGAUCACCUUAAGAUUGUCAACACUCCUUUCCAAACAGAAACGGAUCUUGAGGAUCUCGAAGGCGAAGACGAAGUGCAAUCACCUAUUCAUCUGAAACCAAGGUCUGAUAUAUUUUGCGACUAUAGCGGGGAAACGAUCACGACUAAGGAAGGUGAUGGACCGUUCUCCGUGGAAGUGCGAAAUAAAAUAUAUGGAGAGGAUAGUUCAUGGAACGAGACUUGUGGCGCCACGCCAGACAUUGUGGUUAUGUCGAACACUGACGAAGAAGACAUGGCUGUAUCCGGGGACGAGGACGAGCAAGAAGCUUGUUGCAGUCAAAAAGAAUUAUUCGAAGAUUUGGACGUUCUUGUUGCGUCUCAAGUUAUUAUGAAAAAUAUCAAUAAAAUGGAGAACUUGUUAACUGUGAAAGAAAUCAGUGAUGACGGAACUAGCGAUUGUCAUACCGAUGUAGAAGACGUUGAUACGAUUGAGUAGAUUAUAAAUUGAAAAUCAUGUGGACGACAAAACUGCCGUCCUCAACAUUAUCAUAGACAACCGUAUGGGAUAUUAAUUUUAAGUCUCGAAGGAUACUAAUUAUAUUUAUAGAUAUUAAAAAAAAGAAAAAAAACCAAAAAAAAAAAGAAAGAAAGAAAAAAAGAACAGUUAAAGUUUAUAGAAAAGUUUAGAGUUAUAUGUAUUAUAUUAUAUAUCUAUAUAUUCCUGUGUGCAUGUUAAAAUUUUAAAAGAGAAUUAACAAUGCCUCGAUAACCCGAGAGUUAUUUUUGAAUAAAUUGUAUUUAUUCUUCUGAGAAAAAGAAUAUUAUUGUUAUUAUGUACAGUAACAAAAAGUUUACGACAAUGUUGUAUCUCUAUUAACAUUUAAAGAGGAUGAUAAAUAAAAUAAAAGAAAGAAAAAAAAAUCGUGUUUACGAGUUGUACAACGCUU